CAUUUGGUACAGAAUUUUCAAAGAGUAUCUAGAAAUAAUGGUGAACUACAGUGCUUAAAUUGGGUAAAAAGAAACCUUGAGGAGCUCAAUUUGUUUCCAGGUAAAGGCUCUUCUUUUGGAAAUUUCACUCAGCAACACAAUGACACCAGAUUUAAAACAAAUUAUUUUUAAAAACCAUAUUGAAAUAAGAAGACAGCAAGCUUGCUAGUUAGGCAAACCUCCAAGAUAGGAUACUUAUCAUUUUUUUUCUUUUCUGCUUUCCCAUGGACUCCCUAGGUGUCUUUAAUUGCUGUUAAUAUAUUGUAAUUUAGUGUGUGAGCAUGGUUGUUGUGACUCUCCAGGAAUUCAGAGAUCAGAAAUGUCAGGUAGGUUAAGGGGAACACAGAGUAACUUGAGGUCGUGCAGCCAGUGUUGAAUUGAUCCAAUGACUCUCGGAACUGACAUCGGGUCCCCGUGCGCCCUUCCCGCAGCGCCCGACCGGCUGCAGUCGGGGGUGGGGGUGGGGAGGACCAUGCCCGCUCCGGGUCAGCAGGGAAGUGACACCAGACAGAACGUGGCGUGAGUCCCCGGGUACGAGGUCCUUCCUCUGCGGCUCCUUCAAUCAUGGCUGUGACGUCACGCCCGGGACUUACCGUUGCCACGAGACGGCUGCGUUCCGUUUCCGGUCGGUUGCCCCGGAGCGUGAAUACACAGAGCAGUCCCGCAGGGAGCCGAGGGGUCGUGGAGAGCGAACCCCAUACGCGGAGCCAUGAGCCAGCGGCAGGUGCUGCAAGUGUUCGAGCUGUACCAGAAUGCCCGGACCCGAUUCGUGCAGAUGGUGGCGGAGCAAGCGACCAGACCUCAGAACAUCGAGACACUGCAGAAUGCAGUGUGUCUACAAGAAAGCAGCUGCCUUUGUGCUCCGAGCAGUUGGUAAACACUCUCCUCAGCUGGCACAGGCCACAGUUGACUGUGGUGCCCUGGACUCUCUUGUGAUAUGCUUGGAAGAUUUUGACCCUGGAGUCAAGGAAGCUGCAGCCUGGGCACUUGCUUAUAUUGCAAGGCAUAAUGCAGAACUGUCACAAGCUGUGGUGGAUGCGGGAGCUGUUCCUCUUUUAGUUCUCUGUAUCCAGGAGCCAGAAAUUGCUUUGAAAAAGAUUGCUGCCUUGGCCCUCGGUGAUAUUUCAAAGCAUUCUUCCGAGUUAGCACAGACGGUGGUGGAUUCGGGAGCUAUUGCUCACUUAGCCCAGAUGAUCCUCAACCCUGAUGAAAAAUUGAAGCAACAGGUCCUUUCAGCUCUCAGUCAUAUUGCAAAGCACACUGUGGAUCUGGCAGAGAUGGUUGUUGAAGCAGAGAUUUUCCCGGUUGUACUUACCUGUCUUAAGGACAAAGACGAAUAUGUGAAGAAAAACGCUUGUACUUUAAUUAGAGAGAUUGCAAAGCAUACACCUGAGCUCUCACAGCUGAUCGUCAAUGCAGGAGGUGUAGCUGCAGUGAUAGAUUGCAUUGAGUCCUGCAAAGGGAACAUCCGGCUGCCUGGCAUCAUGAUGCUGGGCUAUGUGGCUGCUCAUUCUGAGAACCUGGCCAUGGCAGUGAUCAUCUCCAAGGGUGUGCCCCAGUUGUCAGCCUGCCUGUCAGAGGAACCGGAAGAUCAUAUUAAAGCUGCGGCUGCCUGGGCUCUAGGACAGGUUGGGAGACACACUCCGGAGCACGCACGGGCCGUUGCUCUCACAGACGUGUUGCCAGUGCUUCUGGCUUUGUACUUGUCUACAGAGAGCUCUGAGGACCUGCAGGUGAAAUGUAAAAAGGCCAUAAAGAAUAUCAUACAAAAAUGCACCUACCUCCCAGCUCUCGAGCCGUUUCUCUAUGAUGCCCCUCCCAAUAUCCUGAAGUAUGUAGCUGGACAGUUCAGUAAGGUGUUGCCUCAUGAUAGCAAAGCUCGACGGCUUUUUGUAAUGAGUGGUGGACUUAAAAAGAUCCAAGAGAUAAAAGCAGAACCUGGUUCUCUCCUCCAAGAAUACAUCAACAAUAUUAACAACUGUUACCCAGAAGAAAUAGUAAGGUACUAUUCCCCUGGAUAUUCAGAUACGCUUCUGCAGAGGGUGGACAGCUAUCAGCCUCUCACUAACUGAACAAAGUGUAUUUUAUACUCAGAUUUACAAGAUGUUAAAGAUCUUUCUAAAAUGUUUAGCCUAAGUACAUCCCAGUUUUGUACAAUGUGAAAUACCUUAAAUGUUUUCUAUGCUUAUGUAAUACUUUAUAAAUUAUUAGUUUUGAUUAUGAAAGACUAGUUAUAAUCAUUUGCAUGCAUAGAGAUAUUCACAAAGGAAGGUUUAAAUGGUAAUAAAGGGGUUUAAGGUAUUUAUUUUUCUACAAAUUACAUAAACACAACACAACACACACAUCUUUAUGACUAGAUAUAAAUGAGACAUGCUGUUAGAAAACCCUUAGCUAUUUCCUCAUGGGGAUGGGAAAGGAAACUGACCUUGUCAGUUACACAGAAAAUAGGGAGAGAAGUACACAAAGAGAAAGUGGUGGCAGAAAUACAAGGCCUUAAAAAAGAUUUGUGGUUACUUGCGUGCACUGAAUUAAUGCAAGAGAACUACAGAGAGCCUGCCUGGUUUCCUAAGGACUCAGGAAAGCCCUCCUCUUUUAUUAGUUUUAUUUAUGUUUAUGAGUGUUUUGUUUACAUGUAUGUCUGUGUACCAUGUGCAUGCCUGGUACCCAGAAGAGAGCUUCAGAUCUCCUGGGACUGGCGUUACAGAUGGUUGUAAGGCAUUAUGCAGGUGCUGGGAAUUCAACUAAGGUCCUCUGGAAGAGCAAGCAGCCAGGGCUCUUAACCACUGAACCAUCUCUCUCUAUUGCCCCUAACAGUAUAUUUCUUGAGUGGCCUUUCCUGGAGGCCUGAAGAAUAGAGAGGGACAAGAUAUCCUAGAAAAUCCCCAAGCUACAGUAGGCCCAGUUCUGAAAAACUGGUUUCAAGUUUCCAUCUUAGACUACUGUUAUGUUUAGUUUUCUCAAAAUGAAAGCCCCCAUUCAUAUGGAGCAUUUUUCUGGGUUUACCUCCAUCUUCCUUAUUUUCUGCCAACAGCUUUGUCAACUUUAAAAAACUUCUUCAUAACCAGCAACCAAUUUCCCAUCUCGUUUUUACUUGUGUCAAGCUAGACUAAUCUAGUGGUUUCCUGUUUGUGGUGGUAUGCUGAGGAUUGAACUCAUGCUCAUGUAUGUACAGUGCACACCCCCACUCCUGAUUUCAUUUCUUAAUACUUUCAUAGCCUAUUUUUAUUUCCUUACAGAAAGUUAUUAGACUUAUUUCAUAGGAAAAUAUCAUUUUUAUUCUUUCUUUUUAAAGUUUCCACUUCUCUUUCCUGUCCAUCCAGUUUGUCUUCUAAGACAUUUAAUGGUCUGAGGAGAUGAAAGUAGCUUUCAUCAUUUUUUUUUCUUUCUUUUUUUCUUUUUUGAGACAGGGGUUCUCUGCAUAGGCUGGAACUCACUCUGUAGAUCAGGAUGGUCUUGAACUCAUAGAGAUCUCCCUGCCUCUGCCUCUCAAGUGCUGGGAUUAAAAGCGUGUGCCACCAUCACCCAGCUUCAUGCUUAAUUAGGCCUUUUCAGCCUUGUGUGAUGGCUCAGGCCUAGGGAAGCUAUGGUGUCAGGAUUUCAAAUUUGAGACUAGUGUGUGACAGAAUAAAACACUGUCUGAAACAAAAACAAAUCAACAAAAACACAACAGUUUUUCUUACAUGACCAUAAUGGUGGUAACAAAAAUUAAUUUGUCUAGGUUAAAAUCUUUAGAUAUUAGAAUGGUAAAUUCUCUCUUGUUUCUUCCUAUUACCAUUAUACUUUGUAGUUGACAUUUUUUACUUUAUAUGUCAUUUUAUCUUUAUCAACGGGUACUAUACUGAGAAUAAAAUGAUACUGUUCUGCUAGAUGUUUCUAAUUUGAUCAGAUGGGAUUAGGAAAUUUUAAGUUAUAUUUCUUUUUUGGCUUGUUUGUUUUGUUUGAGACAGGGUAUAUUAUGUACCACUGGCUGUCCUGGAACUCACAAUAUAGACCAGGCUGGCCUCCAAUUCAAUGAGGUCUGCUCACUUCUGUCUUGGAAGUGCUGAUAUUAAGGGGUAUGCCACCACACCCA